AGGCUUUUCUUCAUUCUGCUCUUUCCCCAUUCCCCCUAUCCAGACAAGCAGAGCAGAGCGGGACAGAGAGAGAAGAGACGUGAGCGAACGAGUGCAGAACAGAACAACUCCACAAAGAGAAGAGAGAGGUGGAUAGUUCCCUUUGCAAGGAGAGAAAAAGAGAAGAAAAUCAAGCCUUUCAGAAUACAUUACCAACUAAGGACAUUACUUAUUUCUAGCCCUAUUUUAUGUUGUAACAGUUAGAUUUCUUUCUCAUUCUACAAGAGCCUACACACUGAUUGUAGAAAACUUGUAGUGUAGUAGGACUUUGGGAUUUUGCAGAGAGAGGGAGAAAGAAAGAGAAAAGGCUUUUUUGGAAUCAGGUUUUGAGAAACAGGAGGCUGCAGUCGUGGAGAUCAUGCCCGGUAGAGGAGCUUGUUCUGGGGCAGGCGUGGGGAGGUUGCCUGGAUACUGGGUGUGUGUGCUGGUUCUCUGUGCCCUGGUGACAGGCUAUGUCAGCGCGUGCCCUGCCUUGUGUACCUGCAGUGGCACCACGGUGGACUGCCAUGGGCUGGGCAUCAAAACCAUGCCCCGGAAUAUACCUCGCAACACAGAGAGACUGGAGCUGAAUGGGAAUAACCUCACACGCAUCACCAAGAGUGACUUCUCUGGACUCAAGUACCUCCGUGUGCUACAGUUGAUGGAGAAUCAGAUUGGAGCGAUAGAGCGUGGAGCGUUUGAUGACAUGAAGGAGCUGGAGAGACUGCGCCUGAAUAGGAACCAACUGCAGCAGCUUCCGGAACUUCUGUUUCAGAAGAACCCUGCACUGUCACGUCUAGAUCUGAGUGAGAACAACAUCCAGUCCAUCCCCAGGAAGGCUUUCAGAGGAGCUACAGACAUCAAGAACCUUCAGUUGGAUAAGAACCACAUCAGCUGCAUCGAGGACGGAGCCUUCAGAGCACUGAGGGGCCUGGAAGUACUGACUCUGAACAACAACAACAUCAGCAGCAUCCCAGUCUCCAGCUUCAACCACAUGCCAAAACUACGCACCUUCCGUCUCCACUCCAACAACCUGCACUGUGACUGUCACCUCUCCUGGUUGGCCCAGUGGUUAAGACAAAGGCCUACAAUUGGUCUGUUCACCCAGUGUACAGCUCCAGCCCCGCUUAGAGGACUCAACGUGGCCGAGAUACAGAAACAUGAGUUUACCUGCUCAGGUCACUCAGAGAGCUCCGGCUUGCAGCCUUGCAGCCUAGGAGGAGGUUCGUGCCCUGCCAUGUGUACCUGCAGUAACAACAUUGUGGACUGCAGAGGAAAAGGCCUCACAGCUAUACCAGCCAACCUUCCUGACACCAUGGCUGAGAUUCGUCUGGAGCAGAAUGGGAUCAAGUCAGUUCCUCCUGGAACCUUCUCUCCCUACAAGAAGCUGCGCAGGAUAGAUCUCAGUAAUAACCAAAUAUCAGAAAUAGCUCCUGAUGCCUUCCAGGGCCUGAGAUCCCUCAACUCACUAGUCCUGUAUGGGAAUAAGAUCACGGAGCUGCCCAAAGGAGUGUUCGACGGACUAUAUGCCCUGCAACUACUGUUGUUGAAUGCCAAUAAGAUCCACUGUGUUCGGGCCAAUGCCUUCACAGACCUGCAGAAUCUCUCUCUACUGUCUCUGUAUGACAACAAGAUACAGACUGUGGCCAAGGGCACCUUCGCUUCCCUCAGAGCAAUACAGACACUUCACCUGGCCCAGAACCCAUUUAUCUGUGACUGUAACCUGAAGUGGCUGGCAGACUACCUGCGCUCCAACCCCAUAGAGACCAGCGGUGCCCGCUGUGCCAGUCCCAGACGUCUGGCCAACAAACGCAUUGGGCAGAUCAAGAGCAAGAAGUUCCGCUGCUCUGCCAAGGAACAAUACUUCAUCCCUGGCACCGAGGACGUCCGUCUGAAUAAUGAGUGUAACAGUGAUCCAGUCUGUCCUCCUAAAUGUCGCUGUGAGUCCAACGUGGUGGACUGCUCCAACCUACGCCUCAAUAAGAUACCAGAACACAUCCCUUCCUCUACCACUGAACUUCGUCUGAACAACAAUGACAUCAGUACACUGGAGGCUGUAGGAGUCUUCAAGGCCCUCUCCCAGCUCAAAAAGAUUAACCUUAGCAACAAUAAGAUUACAGAGAUCGAAGAUGGGGUGUUCGAGGGGGCGGGGUCAGUCAACGAGCUCCACCUCACCGCCAAUCAGCUGGACUCUGUCCGCAGUGGAAUGUUCAAGGGACUGGAGGGACUACGCAUGCUAAUGUUGAGGAACAACAAGAUCAGCUGUAUCCAUAACAACAGCUUCACUGGCCUGUACAACGUACGCCUGCUGUCUCUCUAUGACAACCAGCUAACUACCAUCACCCCUGGAGCCUUCGAUACCCUGCAGACACUGUCUACACUUAACCUCCUUGCUAACUCCUUCAACUGUGACUGUCGUCUGGCCUGGCUUGGUGAUUGGCUGAGAAGCAGGAAGAUCGUCACGGGCAACCCACGAUGCCAGCGCCCUGCCUUCCUCAAGGAGAUCCCACUACAGGACGUGGCACUGCCUGACUUCCGCUGUGAAGAGGGUGUGGAGGAGACGAGCUGUGUGCCCAGGCCUCAGUGUCCCAGUGAGUGUACUUGUCUGGAGACCGUGGUACGCUGCAGUAACAAACACCUCCGUGCACUGCCCAAAGGCAUCCCCAGAAACAUCACCGAACUGUAUCUAGACGGGAACCAGUUCAGCGUGGUGCCAAAGGAACUGUCUACCUUCAAAUACCUCCAGUUAGUAGACCUGAGUAACAACAAGAUCAACUCUCUAACCAACUCUUCAUUCUCCAACAUGAGUCAGCUCACCACACUGAUCCUGAGUUACAACUCUCUGCGCUGCAUCCCCAGUCUGGCCUUUGGUGGUCUACGCUCCCUUCGACUGCUGUCUCUCCAUGGCAACGAAAUCUCAGAGCUUCCUGACGGCAUCUUCAGUGACGUGGCCUCUCUGUCUCACCUGGCUAUUGGUGCCAACCCCCUGUACUGUGACUGCCGUCUACGUUGGCUGUCUGACUGGGUGAAGACGGGGUACAAGGAGCCUGGCAUAGCCCGCUGUGCCGGACCGACGAGCAUGGAGGGCAAGCUGCUGCUCACCACCCCUGCCAAGAAGUUUGAGUGCCAUGGUGAGGUGGACAGUGACGUCCUGGCCAAGUGUAAUCCGUGCCUGUCCAGUCCGUGUGUCAACCAGGGGAUCUGUCACAGUGAUCUGGUGGAGAUUUACAGGUGCAGCUGUCCUCCUGGAUUCAAGGGUAGGAGCUGUGAAACUGCUCUGAAUGCGUGUGUCAGUAACCCCUGUGCCAAUGGGGGCACCUGCCUACUAAACGAGGAGGAGGAGGGGGCAUACAGCUGUACCUGUCCCCUUGGCUUUGAGGGUCCUACCUGCCAGACCAACAUUGAUGACUGUGAAGAUAACGACUGUGAAAACGGAGCUAACUGUAUAGAUGGAGUCAACAACUAUACCUGCCUCUGUCCUCCUUACUACACAGGGGAGAUGUGUGAGGAGAUGGAGGAUGUGUGUGCUCCAGGUCUCAGUCCGUGUCAACACCAGUCUACCUGUCUCAUCAGCUCUACUGGACCUCAGUGUGUGUGUUCUCCGGGCUACGUCGGUGAUGACUGCAGUGUGGACUAUGAUGACUGUGAGGAGAAUCGCUGUCAGAAUGGAGCUCAGUGUGUCAACCAACUCAACGGAUACUCCUGCUCCUGCCUCGACGGCUACAGUGGUCAGUUGUGUGAGGUGCCCUCCUCCCCGCUGUCUCUGUGUGACCUGGCAGACUGCCAGAACGAUGCCCCGUGUGUGGAGCGGGCAGGCCGGGCACUGUGCCAGUGUCUCCCUGGGUUCGGAGGGCCUCGCUGUGAGAAGCUGGUCAGCGUUAACUUUGUAGACAGAGACUCCUACCUGCUGCUCUCUGACCUCAAGAACUGGCCGCAGGCUAACAUCACACUGCAGGUAUCUAACAUCUCACUACAGGUGUCGACAGCGGAGGACAACGGUAUCCUGCUGUAUAAUGGGGACAACGACCACAUCGCCGUAGAGCUGUUCCAGGGUCACGUUAAGGUCAGCUACGACCCUGGCAGCCUGCCUGGACAUGCUAUCUACAGUACUGAGACGAUCAACGACGGUCAGUUCCACACGGUGGAGCUGGUGACCAUUGACCAGAUGGUGAACCUGUCCAUCGACGGGGGUCUCCCCACCACCAUGGACAGCCUGAGGGGGGUCCGGCCCCUGAACGGGGAGGCUCCGCUAUACGUGGGGGGUAGGGGCCCUCUCCAGAACACACCUACUUCCUCCUCCUCUGCUGCAGGUAUGCCAGUGGACGUCCACUCGGCAGCCUUCCGGCUCUGGCAGAUCCAGAAUGGCUCCAGUUUCCACGGCUGCAUCCAGAACCUAUAUAUCAACAACGAGCUGCAGGACUUCACUAAGACCCAGAUGAAGCCGGGCGUGGUGCCAGGCUGUGAGCCUUGUAGGAAGAUCUACUGCCUGCAUGGUAUCUGCCAGCCGGACGGGGCACAGGGACCAGUCUGCCACUGCCAGCCUGGCUGGAACGGACCACACUGUGACCAGCCGGCCACCAACCCAUGCCAGGGCAGCAAGUGUGUGCAUGGCAAGUGUAUUCCCCUGGACCUGCAGUCCUACCGCUGCGAGUGUGUGGAGGGUUACCGUGGUGCCCUGUGUAACCAGCAGGGGGAGCUGUUUAACCCCUGCCGCAGCCACAACUGUAAACACGGGCGCUGCCAGAUCUCUGAUACAGGAGACGCCUACUGCGACUGUGAGGCUGGAUACACUGGAGAGCUCUGUGACGCAGACCAAGAGGUAAUCCAGCCUAAACCAACUACAGAGUCAGAGUGUCGAGGGGAGCCCGUGAGGGACUUCUACCAGGUGCAGCGUGGGUACACCAUCUGUCAGACCACACGCAUGGUCUCCUGGGUAGAGUGCUCCGGCGCCUGCGACACGGGCGCCUGCUGUGCCAGCCAGCGAAUGAGACGCCGGAAAUACACCUUUGAGUGCAGCGAUGGAACCUCGUUCAGCGAGGAAGUGGAGAAGACCAUCAAGUGUGGCUGCAUUGGCUGCAUGUAGCACGCUUCACACAAACCUGCUACCGCCGCUGCCAAGCGCACCAGAGAGAGAGCGAGAAAGAGAACCAGAGAGGAGGAAGGAGUAAGAGAACGAGAGAGUAUAAAGAAAUAUAUAUAAAAACCUCUAUCUAUAUAUUAUGGACAACAAUGUUUGUAAAAUAGGACAUUUCCUCCCCUUCCAUGGGUGUGUGACGUACAGAAACACAGAGAAAACAAACAUCAACAACAACAUGGAGAAGUGUGAACAACAACAACAACAACAACCAAACCAUUGUAUCUGCAACAUUGUUUUGAAGGGUUCUAGAGAUGUUGAAGGUGUUACAUUCAGAGCAAGGCAUCAACCAACCCCUUAUACACACAUGGUCUAAACCUUUGUCCCCUUGGCUCAUCCAUCCAUUAGGCCUCAGAUAGCCUAACCACCAUCUGCUUUCUUUGCUUCCUGAAGGCAGUAUGUGUAAUAUGAUGUCCAGCCUGGUCGGGGUGGCAGGCGGGAAGAGGUACAAAGAUAUAGAAAAACAGACAGAGGGAGGAGAGUAGAGUUGGGCUGUGGUUAAGUUUGGUUAGGCAGGGCAGGACUGGGCUGAGCAGGAGUUGGGCUAGGGCUGGAACUGGGCUGUAGCGGGCUGGUAUAAGCUAGCCUGGACUGUAACUGAGUUGAGCUGGGUUAGGUCGGGUUUAGAUGGGCCAGAUUGUAGUUGAGCUGUGCUGAGCAGAGCUGGUGCUAGGUCGGGCUAUAUCUGGGCUAGGCCGAUUUCUUAUUGGACUCUAUCCUGGAGUAUUUAGAACAAGAGAUGUCCAUUCUUUUCAUUACUGAACAGACCACUGCACUGAAUACCAGCACUGAGAAUCACAGUCAUUUGCCCUUCACAGCACAUACACACACACACAACACACACGCACGCAUGCACCAUACUAGAAGACGGUCUUAUCUGAGCAGAAGGGUCGUUCCAUUAGAAGCAGUCAGAAGGGGCUGUCAGAUACACGUUGUGAGGCAGGUAGACCUUCCAUUCCCCUACAGUAGGCUAUAAGCUAUACCCCCACCUGGAGCAGGCAGUACCCGGUGGAUACCAAUCCCCCAGCAUGCAUUGCCUCAGGAUGAUUUGCAUAAGCCCUCCCCCUUUGAGCAGGAGGAUGAUUAGGCCCCUCCCCUCAAUGCCUGCAGUAUUAAAUGUGUGCAAACUGUUGCAUGUGAGAAGUUUGCAAAUGGAUAUGUAGAGCUUUUUAUUAUGUUUAUUAUUACGGAACAAAAAGGUUCAGAAUAUUUGUUUUGUUAUGUCUAAUUUCAAUUAUUUGUUUUGCCUUGUUUUGUUUUUAUUUUUUAUUAUAUUUUGUUUUCUGAUGUAACCUAACACCUUUAGCCCUCUCUUUAUACAGAAAAGCCUAACAGAUUCUAAUAUAUAUAUUUGUAUUUCAUUUUGGUAUAGUAUUUUUAUAUGUUAAAGAGUAAAUCUUUGUUUUCUGGAAGCUUCUAUUGGAACAGGCAGGAUGGCAUUUGAUUGGUUCCCUAGCUGUUUUUAUUUGUUUAUUUCACUUGCUCAAACAAGGUAGUUUGUAAUUGUCCAAAACAAGGUAGUGAAUGGUUGGCCUUGUUGUGUAGGCGGCAGUAUUGAUGUAGAAACAUGUUUAAUAUUGUAUAUGUUGUCUUCCAUGUGAAUAUGACAUCUAAUUCAUUUGAAAGUCUGUGUGCUGUUUUGUUUGAUUUUUUAUUUAUUUUAUCUUAAAGCUUUUUCCUGUAGAGUAUAAAAGGCAUAAUAAUUGUCGCUGAUUUUCAACAAAAUAAAAUAAGAAAAAAAAAAGUUAAAAUAAAUACUAGUGUAACAAAAAAAAGCUAAGGUAUUUGUGACAUCCCUUAAUAGCCAGUUAUGACAGUGUUUUCUCUCCCUCUGGCUCAGACACAUUCCUCAUUGGCUGUUGGGCCCGAGUGGGUGGAGUUCAAAUGCAAAUGAGUGAGAUGCUCCUCCCACUCUGAAAUAAAUUGUUCCUGUAUUUACUAUACCAUACUCUGAAAUAUUGUGCAAGGGUUCUGAUCGUUUUGUGUUGAAGUAUUAGUUGAAUUUCUGUCAUUUUAAAUUGGGGACAUUUUCCGUUGUAGACAGAAUUAUAUGAUUUAAGUGAAAGUCACAGUCGACUGAAACCAAGCUGCUGUAGGAAGCGUACUUAUUGUGGACGUGCACAAAGAUGGUGUCUACAUUUUGCCUGCAUUAAAUUGGUGCUGCCAACUUACCAUUGUACUGUGGUGGGAGGUAAAAAGAUGGUGAGACCGUAGGCUGAAUGACAGCAAACUGUAGACCUGCCAUCUUUCUGUACGUUUGCCUUUGGAUCCACUUACAGCAAUCCUAUUUUAACAUGCACAGUUAAGGGCUGGAUUCAAUCUGUAUCGCUGAAGUUCAGCGUUAUAGGGUGAUUGAAAUGUAAAGGUAAUGUUCCUGCGUUAGCGGAGAACGCAUUCACGGUAAACGCUGCAUAUGUCGGCUCAAUCGGAAAUUAUCUUUCAAUUGUGAUUGCGCAACCUGUAACACUUUAGUGAUACAAAUUGAAUUUAGCCCUAGAUGUCCACAUUCUGACUGGCUAUAGAACACGAAUUAGAGAUUAAAUGGUGCCAAUCGCAGAGUAGAGCAGUCCAACCUGAAUGUAUAAAUGUGUAUAGAUAAAUAUGAACUGAGCUCACUCCUGAAGUGGUAUGGUUCAGCUGUUAUCCUGUUUAGUUUCCAGUAUAAAAGAGACCACAUCCUCUUUGUUUUCUAAGUGGGAGACCUACAGGACGGUUUUCCUGCGAAGUAGGAUGAAGUUGCCCCUAGACACAGUUCUGUGGUCAGUUUGGUGUUUUUCCCCACUAAUGAUUAAGGUAAAGCUUUGGGGAGGGAAAGCUGAUCCUAGAUCUAUGCUUAAGAACAACUUCUACCCAGAGCGUCCUGUUGCAGUGGACUCCUUGUUAGCCCCAAUGUUAACCUUGUCUUAUAUACCCCGAGGUUAUCCGAAGGUGUCCACAUUGUAUGAUAUUGAUGAACUGUCAUCUCAUCCUUUAGCUUAACGUUUAGCUCUUUACCUCGCAGAUUUCAACAUGAGUUUAUCACAGUUCUCGCUUCAUACUCAUAUUGAUCGUUGCAAUUCAGCCGGAUUCCAUUAAUUCUAGCGUGAAAUACUUAAAGACUCAUCCACCAUCUGCGAGAGAACUGUACUCCGUAUCAUGUCAUUGUGAAAGACGCAGUGUCUCUGUUGUAUUGAACUGGUAAAAAAUGAACAAAAAAGAACAAAAACUAUAAUAAUUCUCUGGUCUGUUUCCUACAGAAGUGCUACUUCUGUUGCUUUGGUUGUGUUCUGUCGCAGGUGUGAUGGUGGGAUUGAACUGAAGUCCCAUUGAUGCUGAAUGUAUGUAGUAUCUAUCAAUCUAUCUAUCUAUCUAUCGCCACCGACAAAAUGUUUACUGAACCUCCUCCACUUUUCAUUCAUUAAACUUUAAUGUGUGUGCUUUUAA